AGGCUAUAAGCUAUCAGCGGAGCGGAGGCUCAAUCUUGAGCCACCGUCACAGUCUUGGGGUUUCUCCAACUCGGCGGCGGUCUGUGUGAUCCUCUACGUUUAGUGUUUUUAUAUAUCUUCCCACUCCUCCUCUUUUAGUUCUCUCUCGCCGUCGGAGGGAAACUGUCAGAACCGUCAUGUGGGCGCUUCGCCGGGCGUUAAACCCCAUGAGGGGUAACUGCAAUGUUGUUGCACGUUGUUGUCGCAUGAAUUUACAUGUAGCAAGUAGUAGCAUAGAUAAUGGAGAAUGCCAUUGUGAGGAGGCUGGUAUAAACAGGAGCUUCAUCCCAUCAAAGUCGGUUUCCUGUGGACCUAUUUCUUUGAGGUCUUUCGUCUGGAGUCGAAAUCUCUCUUCUCAGGUUGGACAAAAAUCGAGUGACAAGGAAGAUGAUUUGGAGGAUGGUUUUUCUGAUCUGGAGGAACCACCAGAAUCUGCUGAAGUUAACAAUGGUUCAGACAAGGAAGAUAAGGAGCUGAUGUCCGAAGGAGAGUUAUCUGAAGAAUCUGAUGAAGCUGCAGAUAAUUCAUUAGGUUUGUUAGCUGUUGAAUCAACCUCAAGUGAAGUGAAGGGGCCACAAAGACGGACACUCUAUUCUCCUCUUUUCAAGACUAUAAUGGAUUCUCCACGUCAAUCAUUGACUAGUGCACUUAAUAAAUGGGCCGAGGAAGGUAAACCUUUGGGACGAGAGGAAAUCUCUUCUGCUAUGCUGAAUCUCAGGAAACGACGGUUAUAUGUGACUGCCCUACAGUUCACGGAGUGGCUGGAAGCCAAUGGACAUAUUGACUUUAUAGAGCGUGACUAUGCUUCUCACUUGGAUUUGAUUGCUAAGGUAAGCGGUCUUCAGAAGGCAGAAAAGUACAUCGAGAAAAUUCCAGAAUCUUUCAGGAGUGAGGUGGUCUACAGAACUCUUCUAGCCAAUUGUGCUGGUGCUGUCAAUGUCAAGAAAGCAGAGGAAGUGUUCAAUAAGAUUAGAGAUCUUGGGUUUCCGAUUUCAGCAUUUGCUUGCAACCAGCUGUUGCUGCUAUAUAAGAGGUUAGACCGUAAGAAGAUUGCUGAUGUACUCUUGAUGAUGGAAAAGGAAAAUGUGAAGCCAACGCUCUUCACAUACAAGAUCUUAAUAGACACCAAAGGCCGUGCCAAUGAUAUAUCAGGUAUGGAGCAGAUCGUGGAGACAAUGAAGGCUGAAGGUAUGGAACCUGAUAUCAUGACCCAAGCUAUGGUUGCAAGGUAUUACAUUUUCGCUGGUCUCAAUGAGAAAGCUGAGGCAGCAUUGAAGGAGAUGGAAGGUGAUGAUUUCAAGGAGAAUCGCAACGUUUGCAAGGUUCUUCUUCCCCUUUAUGCUGCUCUUGGCAAAGUAGAUGAUGUAGGAAGAGUUUGGAAGGUUUGUGAAGCUAACCCACGUCUGGAUGAGUGCUUAGCUGCAAUAGAGGCCUGGGAUAAGCUUGGGCAGAUAGAAACCGCAGAGGAAGUCUUUGAGAACAUUUCUAAGAAAUGGAAGUUGUCCUCAAAGUACUAUAAUGCUAUGUUAAAGGUCUAUGCAAACAAUAAGCUUCUGACCAAGGGGAAGGAAUUGGUGAAGCGAAUGUCCAACAGUGGUUGCAGAAUUGGUCCUCUGACUUGGGAUGCACUUGUGAAGCUGUAUGUAGAAGCCGGGGAGGUGGAGAAAGCUGAUUCCAUAUUGCAGAAAGCAGCUCAGCAAAAUCAGAAUAGACUUCUCUUAUCAUCUUACAUGGCCGUGAUGGACCACUAUUCCAACAGGGGAGAUGUCCAUAAUGCAGAAAAGAUAUUUCACAGGCUGAGGCAAGUUGGAUAUAUUGGCAGAAUGAGGCAAUACCAGUCAUUACUUCAGGCCUAUGUGAAUGCAAAAACUCCAGCUUAUGGAUUUAGGGAGAGGAUGAAGGCUGAUAACAUGUUCCCUAACAAGGCUCUAGCAGCACAACUGGCGGCUAUUGAUGCAUUUAAGAAGACUCCAUUCUCAGAAUUGCUCGAUUAAACUUGGAGCAUGCCACGCAAGUCAUGAUCUCUUUGAUGUCCUUCAUGCUGGUUUCAGUUAUUAAAAUGUUAUUACAAUCUAGUCGACUUUUGUUGCUUGUUUUAGGAACUAAAGAUGCGUAGUACUAUGAGGAGAAGCAAGAUUAGAAUCUUCUUCUCUCUAUUCAGCUUUAUGUUUCCACAACUUAUCUUGUUGCUGAGGAUUGCUAGAAAACCCAAUAUGCUUUGCAUGAAUUUAGGGAAUUAGAUAGUUUGAUCUACCAAGUGCUAUUCUCUUUUCUCAACAGUUUUGUGCUCAAUAAUAUAUUGUUCUGAGGUUGAA